CACUUUUACCCAUCGAAGCAGGCGCACCCUCGCUACCUUCUAUCACCGUGUGCUGUUUUCCAAAUCAAAGCGUCUACUAAAAUGUCACAAACGUCCAUCCGUCCAGAAGCGGACGAUUCCGAACCGGCCGGAUCCUCCUCGACCAUAUCGCUGGAAAACGAAGCCUUGGUCUGGUCACUAGCAUCCACUGAAGCGUACCAACCGGCACCCAUCGACAUUAACGUGGGCCGGUCGCAGCAGAUCGAACUUCCCGCCCUUCGCUGGAGCAACUACGAAUCGCUUCCGGCUAGCAUCAAAUUAACCAACACGGGUGACACAGUUAUCUUAAGUGCCCGGUGGAAUGGUGCAACUCCUUCGCUGACGGGUGGUGCACUCGAUGGGCGAUAUCUCUUCUCCCAGCUGCACUUCCACUGGGGACGGACGGCACUGGACGGUAGUGAGCAUACCGUCGACGGCUACCGAUUACCGCUCGAGAUGCACGUGAUUCACUUUGCCGAACGGUUUGCCGAUCAGGAUGAGGCACUGGCCGUCCCGGGCGGUGUCCUGUGUUUGGUGUACUUCUUCAACUUGAAAUCGAGCCCGAAUCGAUUUCUUGCACCGGUCGUUAAUGGGCUCGGUAGUACGGUGUUGCCGGAAUCGUACACGAAACUCGAACCAUUCCCACUGAUCGAUCUGUUCCACUCGUUUACCGACGAGUACUUUCUGUACUGGGGCUGUACCCGCAACGGGUCACAGGUUUCGCCGAUGCUGUGGAUGCUAUCGCGCACCCAGGAACCGCUUGAUUUUCACCAGCUGAAACAGUUCAACCGUUUGCUGGAUCGUCGAAUGCGUCCGCACUACCAUCUACAGCCAUCGGACACAGGGCCGUCGAAGGGGAGACACCUGUUCCAUGUAAAUCCACGCACCCCGAUGGCGGUCGGUACGCUGAUGAUUGAACCACCGGCAAAGUUUGCCCACGCAAGAUGGAUCGUGGAUCGGCAGCCGGUUGAUUGGAGUUCGCCGGACGCUUGCCGUCAGUAUGUGGCGAUGGUGCGUGAGCAUUUGGCCAAAAAGCAGGCCGACCAGAUAGCGGACGAUGUCAUCAAGUGUUCGGAAAACUGAGCCCACCGCAAAUUCUAGCUAUUGAAUAGCUGAUGUAAAUCUUCAUGUGAUCGUGUCUAUUAAUUCUAGUAAACAACAAUUAACUAUCGGAAUAACGAACAGGACCAAUGCUUAAACUGCUUCUCAAAAUUUAUUUCCUACGCUUAUAAUAGAAGCGAUAAGAGCUGAGGACAUCCUCACGGACAACCUACUCUGGUUCCGAUGUAGAGAAAGUGUGUUUCAUUACUGGCCAAAUGGGUAAUUAUUUCAUAACUUCUGCAGACUGCUCUGGCCUUGCCCUUUACAUUGCCCAAAACAAUCACAUCUGCCCAUCCAAACCAAAGUCACGAAUCCGGCCAAGGUUCGGUCCAUUUCCCUGGACACGUUUCCCAGCAAAUUUUCAAAACUCAUCCCAUCGCUGCGUCACCUUCAAUCAAUGCAGUGUACUACAGCCAAGCACCUAAUCCUGGAUAAGCGGUGGACCCGCGACACCCUUGAACAACGGACGAAACCUUCACCAUCGAUUACCAUUCGAACGUUGCCCAGAAACUCGGAAAGCGCUCCUUUUCAGUGCUAAAAGGUGAAAUAAAUUCCAAAUCUGACAUUUCA